AUGCAUCAUUGCGCAUUCUUAAUUAUAACGUUUUCUUGUUCGUACAUUUUGUGCAUACAAAAUGGAGGAAAAACUGUUUCAUCGUCAUCUUCAUCACCAACAGAAUCGGAUGACAACUUGAUGAAGAGAAGACACUUCGAUUCCCCAGAAGCUCGUCAGUCAUUCUUCCAAGAAAACAACUUUGACAGUUCUGGUUUUCAGCCAUCAAAUGAACUGUCAGGUUUUCGAUUUCCUGACAAACAUCAACAAUACAAUACAAACAGCCCAAAUGAGCUGCAGCCACCAUCAUCAUCAUUUGGAUACCAUCAACAGAAUUAUCCUUAUCUAAAUAACAAUCGAGAAGUGGCAAACAUCAAUGAAGGACCAAAUCCAUACAAUUCAGCCUUAAACACGGGAGAACACUCCAACAAUAACGCUAAUAAUCUCAAUAAUUAUCCAUAUCAGCAGCAUUCGAAUGCAAUUGCCAGCUUUGGUCCAUCACAUCAUCGUGACUCACCUAAAAUCCCGAAUGCAAAUGAUUUCUAUCUCUCAUCAAAAUCACCACCACCAUCACCACCGCUGUACCAUCAGAAUAACAAGAAUCCUUAUUACCAUCCCGCCUCCUCACCAACACCACAAUAUUAUGACUAUGAGCCAAUUCAACGAAAGCCUCCUACUUAUGCCCAGGCCUUUGGUAAUUAUUUGUUUAACGGACAACCCAAUUAUUACAACCGACCAAGAGCCACUCCACCACCAAGACCACCACCGCCACCAUCACACUCUGCAUUUGGGUCGCAAUCAUCUUAUAGUCCUUAUCAAGACGGACAUUUAACGGGACCUUAUCCUUAUGACGAUCUAACAUCACCGUCUGGACCUUCCUCUUACCCACCACCACAGUAUGCGAAUCAAUUUGGUAAUUUCGGCAGUGGUAGCGGUGGUGGUGGUGGUGGUUAUUAUGGAACGAAGACGCCGACAACAUCUACGACGACGACGGGUUCAGCUAAUCCCUUGGGAAGCUUAUUAAACAGCAUUGGAGGACCGUUUGCAGGCGGAAAUCCUCUUAGUAUGCAAAUCAUUCGAGGAUUGGAGAAUAUUGCACGCAAUGACGAUUUGCAAUGUGUACCUAAGGUGCUGUGUCAAAUGCUCGGUUCACCCACCCGCCGGGCCCAAUUGCCCAGCUUCAUUACAUCCCCGGUAUUAACAAGAUUUGUCGCAUCAUUACCUUCUUUUUCGCCUGCCCUUAUCUACGGUCGAGCAGCGCUGCUGGGACUCAGUGGUGGGGAAUACAGUUGUACUCGAACUUACAACAAAUGUCCACAAAACGAGGAUGACAUUUUGUAUUAUCUCAACAAUCAUCGUGGAGGUUUCUUUAAGUUUUUCAGUGAACCUGAUACACAUCAGGAUGAUGCUCAGACUCAGAACACUCAAUAUCAGUAUACAACGGAAAGACCAUCUUACCAGCAACAGCAACAAUCACUGGAACCAUCAAUUUUUAAUUUCCUGAAAGGACUUACAUCCCCAACAACAUCGACAACGACCAACACUAAUCAAGGAAACGUGGUGAAUUCUUUUAUGAGUGAUGCCGUAACGAAUGGAAUUGGAAGUCUUUUCGGAAACAUCAUUUCGGGCUUCUUAAAUGGACAAGCAGCUGCAACAAGACGUAACGAUGAAGAAGAUGAUAUUGAUGUUGAAAUUGAUGUUGAUGAAAAACCGAAAAAAUAUUCUGAUUUAAUUGAAUCGAAUUCCACAACGACGACAACAACAUCAAAUUCUGAUGAUGAUGAUGAAGGAGAAGAAAAAGAACAAGAACAAGAAGUAGAGGGGCGUAUACUUAACAAUAAAAGCAAUAUCCUUGCCUACGCCGAACCACCAGGACAACAUGAUAAUCCAAUAAGUUUUCCCCCCGAGAAUGGGAACGACAAUUACGAAGACCAACAAUUCGGAUCGGAAUUUCGAUUCCCUAAUACUGCUCAUAGGGAUACACAUCACGAUGAGGAAGACUAUCGUAGGGGAAAGAAGGUGAAUUUUAUUGAUUCACAUCAUCAUCAUCAUCCGCAGCAAGAUGAUUCGUAUUCGCAUGGUGCGAAGAAAAUGAUUUUUCCCGAUCGAACUGGUACUGGAAAUUUACGAUUCGACAAUGAUGAAUAUUUUCGGGUGGGAAAAAUCCUUAAUCGUCGUCCUCCUGAAUACAAUCGGGGGUAUAGGGAGGAGCAGGAGGACUACAACUAUAGGAGAACAACGACAACAACAACGACGACUAGGAGGCCUACGAGUUACCUUAAUCGAUAUUCUUCGAGCAACUACAGGCAGGAUUAUAAUCAAAAUAAGUAUCAAAAUAAAUAUCAAGACACUGCAGAAGAUACUUCGGGAAAUGUGUAUGUUACCAAUGGACAGGGGGUUAUUGAAUACUAUAUCAAUGCAAGUGGAAAGAAAAUCUAUGUUUGA